CCAUUUACUUUAUACGGAGUAAGUUAGAGUAAUUGAUUAUUGUCUUGCACUUCACUUUAAAGGGAGGCAUUAAAGAGGUGGUUUGUUUAUACAAUUAAAAAAAAUGUAGCAGUGAUUGGGAUCCAAUAAUGAUGGAGAAGGCAGAUCCUGCACAGAAGCUAUAUACAAGGAUGAGGCUAUGGGAAUUUUCGGAUCAGUAUGUUAUUGAACCCACGGAUGGAUCUUCUGGGCCGUGUUUGGCAAUCCGUCGCGAGGAUGCAUCUAUGAGUUUAUUAGAUGAAAUGCAACAUGGCAGCACUCUUCAUGUUCCUAAAAUUCAGACUAUAUUUGGUGUUGUUGGAAUGCUAAAGCUUGUGGCAGGCAAGUUCAUACUUAAUAGUUAUAAGAGAACCAAUUCUCUCAAGAGUUCAUCUGUAGAACAGACAUUUUACCUCGUGAAGAAAAGUAAAACAACACUGAAAAUGCUCAACGGUUACAUGAUUUGGGUGAAGAAUCUAAGCUACUUCCUCUUUGGAGACAGGCUGACCCUCGAUUUGUUUGGAACAACUAUAUGAUGGAAGUGCUAAUAGAUAACAAGCUUGACCCAUUCUUGCUGCCUGUUCUCCAGGGGAGUUUUAACAACUUUCAAUCGUCCAUUGGGAGAGAUGUAAUUGAUGUUACACUGAUUGCACGGAGGUGCAACAGGAGAGCUGGCACUCGGAUGUGGAGAAGAGGGGCUGAUUCUGAUGGUUAUGUUGCAAAUUUCGUGGAAAGUGAACAAAUCAUACAAAUGAAAGGUUUUAUAGCAUCUUUUGUUCAGGUUCGGGGGUCAAUUCCUAUAUUAUGGGAUCAAAUUGUUGACUUAACCUAUAAGCCCAAGUUUGAGAUAGUGAGAUUUGAUGAAGCACCUCGGGUGGCUGAGCGGCACUUUUUAGAUCUAAGGAAGAAAUAUGGAAAUGUUAUUGCCAUUGAUCUUGUGAAUAGUCAUGGAGGAGAGGGACGUCUUAGUGACAAGUUUUCAGAUGCUAUGCAGCACAUUAAUGAUGAAGAUGUGAGAUACUUGCACUUUGAUUUUCAUCAGAAGUGCGGGCAUGUACAUUUUGAGCGUCUCUCUGAACUUUAUGAUGAGAUCGAGAAUUUCCUCAUUAAUAACAGGUACUUUUUACGAAAUGAGAAGGGAGAGAAAGUUGAGGCACAACUUGGGGUUGUAAGGACAAAUUGCAUUGGUUGCUUGGAUCGAACGAAUGUCACUCAGAGCAUGAUUGGUAAAAAAAUGUUAGAAAUCCAACUGAGAAGGCUUUGCAUUUUUAAAGCUGAUGAAACGAUUAGCACACACUCCAACCUUGAUGAGAACUUCAAAAUCUUGUGGGCUAAUCAUGGCGAUGAUAUAAGCAUCCAGUAUUCUGGCACUCCUGCUUUAAAGGGUGAUUUUGUCAGAUACGGUCAGCGUACUGCCAAAGGGAUAUUUAAUGAUGGAUGUAAUGCUCUCAUACGCUACUACUUGAACAAUUUCUGCGAUGGUACAAAACAGGAUGCCAUUGACUUAUUGCAUGGACAUUACAUUAUUUCUUUCUCACGGGACACGACACCUACAUCUCAAAAAGGAAGUGUUGAGGCAGUUGCUUCAUUCCCAAUGGCAUUUGCGUUGAUUACAGCUGGUUUGUUCUUCACCGUUAUCUCACUAAGGCGAGUUUCCAGUAAUCCAUGGAACCUAUUGUUUUCAAUGAUUUGGGGAAGCAUAAGUCUUCUAAUAGCUGGAUUUGUGAGGGCCAACGGUCGUGUAUUCUGUAACAGGCCUCGCCUUCACCAACCAAGGCGCUGAUCUUGAGGUUCAUUCAGUCUGCUAUAUGUUAUUAUUCUUAUAUGUUUAGGCUCUGAGUUCUGACCUCGCUGCCCGCUAUAACACAAGUGAUUUUAGCUAAUAGCCUUUUCCUAUUCGAUCUGAUUUUGGUCUUUGUUAGGGUUCAUACCCAAUUUGGUAUAUACUCUCCAAUCUGAUUUUUGAUAACUUCAGUCUCACUUGAUACAUCUGUAGGAGUUAAUACCAUAUUGGGGGUCCCUUCACUAUGCUAUUCUCAAUUUAGUGGUGCUUAUACAUAUUUCCCUUUGAUUAAAAGGAACAUUGUUGU